AUGUAUGGGACAAAGAAGUUCAAAGGUUGGUUUGCUUUGCCUCGUCCACUUCUUUUGAGAAUUUUAGAGCAAGUUUGUGAUUAUGACCAUGAUUUUCGCCAAAAAACGGAUGCUUGCGGUAUUCCUGGUCAUAGUCCAUAUAUGAAAAUGGUUGCCGUCAUGAAAUAUUUUGCCAAAGGCAUUGCACCGGAUUCCUUAGAUGAUUACACACAAAUGGGAGCCACCACUAUCUACUAUUAUGCUAUGAAGUUUAUGGAUGCAAUUAUUUGGCUUUAUAAUGGUCGAUACAUGCGUCAACCUACCGCUCAAGAUAUGGAAAGGAUUUUAACAGAAAAUGAAGCUCGGGGAUUUCCUGGUAUGCUUGGUAGUGUCGAUUGUUUUCACUGGGCAUGGAGAGCAUGUCAUAUGGAUCAAGCAGGUUCCCACAGCGGCUAUAAUCCAUAUCCCUCGAACAAUGAUCUCAAUGUCUUGCAUGCUUCAUGUUUGUUCGAUAGACAACUUAAUGGUGCAUCACCUCCUUGUCAUUAUCAAAUCAAUGGAAGGAAUUAUGAGCAGGGGUACUACCUAGGAGAUGGUGCAUAUCCCAUGUAUGGUUGCAUCGUGCAAGCAUACAAACCCGCCUCAAACAAUAGAGAAGCUCUUUUCAAUCAAUACCAAGAAGCAAAAAGGAAGGACAUAGAACGUGCAUUUGGUGGUCUUAAAGGCUUGAGAGAUGGUGAUAUUCCGAACAUGGUUAUGGAUGAUGCCUUGCCGGAAGUUGAUGAGGGUACAACCGACGUGGACACCGAUGAAGACCAAUAUGACCCUCAAGAAGAUGGUGCAUUUUAUGAUAAUGGAGAGUAA